AUGACCUUUAAAUAUUUAUCUUGUAGAAAUAGUAGUGGUAGUCGUUUGAUUGUCUCUGACUUGGUGGUCGCACCAAUACAAACUUGUCCUUGGCACGUUGCAUGA